UAAUGUUUGGAAAAGUAUAGUAAAAGCGAAAACACAUCUUUAGUCAAUUGUCGGCCCCGGAUCGAGCUCCGAUAGUGGUGCCGGAUCAACAAUAACGCUACAACAACGCUGCCUAUGGUUUGCGUGGAAGGAGAUUUCCGCCAUCCGAUUAAUCGACUGCCCAAGCACACUGCCAACCGGUAACGAGCUUUAAAUCACGAUGAAUGAUCUCCUGUGCCUACAGACGCUGCGCCCGCAGCUGGCCGAUCUCGACUUUUACGACGUGGAGCAGGAGAUGAUGGACCACCGCGUGCUCAGCGCCAAAGAGUGCGAGGACAUUCGGCACGAGCAGAGCGACAGCUUCCGGCUGGAUCUGAUGUUCAUUCUGCUCGAGUACAAGCAGACGCACGAUCCGCAGAUAGUGGCGCGGUUCAUGGACGCGCUCCGCCGGUACUACGACUGGAUCGUGGAGCUGUGGGAGAAGACGCGCAACAAGGACAAUCUGGAGUACAAGCGGUACCUCUCGUACCGGAACGAAACGUGCAUCCCGUCGCACGACUCGAUCAGCGUGUACCGGAAGGACCAGCGGUGGAUCAUACACAAGCACCUGAUGUCGCUGCGGCACGGUGCGUCCGAGCAGCGGUACCUCUUCAUCAUCGGCAAAAUCGGCACGGGCAAGCAGACGCUGGUGAGCCAGGCGUGCGAGGACUACACGAUCGUGAAGCAGAUGAACUACAGCAUCUUCUACCUCGACCUGGCGUACUGCACCACGCAGGAAGCGGUGUUGGAGAUGCUGGAGAAGCUGUCGGUUCAGUUCGGGGACGCGGACAAGCAGGACGACCGGGGCAUUAACUACAGCUAUCCGUCGAACAAGAUCGACUACUGGAAGCGCACGUUUGUGCGGAAGUUCGACAAAAAGUUCGCCGAAGGGUUGCUGGUGCUGGCGCACGUGCGUGACCCGAAACUGAUCCGGGACUUUGACUUCAAGUGCAAAACGGUCGUCAUCUCGAGCAACAACGACGUGGUGCAGACGGUCAGCGAAUCGGAGCGGUUCGUCGUCGAGCUGCCGAAGGGCUUCACCGAGACGGAAAGCCUGGAGCUGUUCGCGCGGGUGCUGAAGAAGAAGAUGGCGAUGCUGCCGAACAAGGCGCACAUCAUCCACCACGACUGCCAGGGCAACCCGUUUCUGGUCAACCUGAUCGCGCUGCGCAUGAGCGAGGAGAGCCGGUGCGAGGUACCGAUCGACUGGGAGCAGCACGUCGAGAACGUCAAGUUCUUCAAGUACGAAAAGUCGAAAAAGAUCGCCAGCACGAUCGCCAGCACGCUCAGCCAGUUCAGCGAGGAGGAACAGCAGUGCUUCCGGGAUCUGGUCAUCUUCCGGGACAAUGUUCCGCUGUCGUUGCGUGUGCUGGAGAUGUACUGGCAGAAGGACAAGGAAACCACCGAGAGUAUCGUGUCGAAGCUGGAGCGCCGCGGACUGCUGGAGAAGCGCGUUUGUAAGAAUAAGUUGUUUUAUAUGAUGCAAUACAUUUGUUAUAACGAGAUCAAACACCCACCGAACGCGGACAUAUUAAACCUUCAUCGCCGUCUGCUAGAGAGCUAUAGCAUUCGCGAAAAGUUGGCCCACCGUCGGGAGCUGGAGUUGAUCAACGAGUUCCCGAACGAUGACUACUUCCACUUCUACAUCGGGUACCACAUCGACGAGGCCCGGGAGUACGAUCUGUUCGAGCAACUGUACCAGGACUUCGGGUUCCUGGAGCAGAAGUUGCGCAUUGCCGGGCUGGCCAACACGGUGGGUGAUCUGCGCAAGUAUCAGGAUCACAUUUUCCCCCAGCUGGAGGACAAGGACUCGCUGAUUGACACGUUGAUCGACUUCCUGACGGGGGGCGAGUGUCUGCUGUCGGACGACGCACGGUUGUUGCAGCGGGCGCUCAACUUCCCGGGCGAGAUCGCACUGAUGGCCGAGCGCCAGGUGGAGAAGUUCCGAAACCGCGUCUGGUUCCGUGAUGUGGCCCACUGUUUGCAGACGUCGGUGGUGAAGCUGUGCAACCGUCCGUUGAAGGUGCGAUUCCUGGACUCGGACCACGUGUUUGUGUCGCUGGCCAACAAUGACAUUCAGCUGGUCAACCUGUCCGUGUUCUACAACAUACCACCGGUCACGUUUAAGGGCUGCGACGGUGAUCAGAUCGUCGACAUACAGAAGAUCAACCACUUUCUGGUGGCUCUGAACAGGCGCGGAACGAUCAAGGUGUGGUCGACCAAGAACGUGCCCGACAGUCCGGACUAUCGCCAGCCGAACGGGAUUUCGCGCGAAGCCGAAAUGACGCUCAAGGCGGCGAGCGGAUUCAGCAGCUUCUGCGUACUGCGGCAGGACAACCACACGGAACUGAUCGCGAUCAGCGAAGACGGUGUGCUCUGUGUGUACAAGGUGUACACGUCGGUGUUUCGCACGGACAAGGCCGACAUCAAGUAUCCGACCCAGAUCCGGAGUGCCUACUGCUUGCUGCCGCUGAAGGAGACCAGCGGUCGGGCGAGUGGGGCUGUGCGCCGUUGCCUGUUUCUCGCGAUCGAUAACGGCGUACCGGUGGGCCUUAUCUUCAACAUGAUGUCCACGAGCGUGGAGGCGAAGUUUGAAGAACCGCGGGUCCUCACCGUCCACCAGCUCGGCGAUCAGCUGCUGUUCGUGAACACACACAAGAUUCGAUUGCGCUCGAUGAAACCGACGAUCAUGGCACCGAUCGUGGUGCACUAUAACCACAACGGGGACAACACGUGCAGCGUGCUGACGGAGGAUUUGCGCUACGUGGUGCUUGGGACGGAGCGUGGCAUCUCCAUCAUCGACAUUGGCCAGCAGACGGAGAUCCGUCGUAUGAACAUUAGCCACUCGAUCAUCGAUCUCGACGUGCUCCUGAUGGACUCGAGCAUGCUGCACGUGCUGCUCGUGUCGACGGCAAAAGACGGUGGGAAUGCGAUGAACCUCUACAGCAUCUCGCUGGCCUCGGGUAAUCAGGUCGUGAGCAGCCAGUACCACCUCGAGGGUACCACCGUGUUUCACGCCAACCUCGACGAUGGCGCUGGCGAAGCGUCCGUCCAGCUAAACACGAUCGAUCGCCACUGUACCCUUCAGCAGAUGCAACUGCCCGACACUGACACCGAGGUGGGCACCAGUGGCCACGAGCUUUCGUUCCAGAACGGGAAUGUCAACGCACCGGUCACGCAGCUACUCAAGGCCCAGUCCGCGUACUACUUGGGGCUGGAAAACGGCAAGCUUUUGAGGCUGUCCUCGUGGCGCAGUGACUCCGAGGUGGAAGAAUUGGCCUCUCUGGAGACGAAGGUGGAGUACCUCGAGUGUUUUCGGUGCGUUUCGGAGCUGGGGACGGUAUCGGAGGUUGUGGUUGUAAGUGGAAAGUCCCGCUGCCAGGUGUUUGUCGAUGAGCGCGUGCAGCUUGAGCUUACCGAUACGAUACGCCACUGCUAUCUGCUGUACGAUCGGUUCCUACUGCUGAUCGGUGAUCGCUGCUCCAUUCAGAUUUAUGACAUGGAAAUGCAGAAACUAGAGUUAGUACAAAAGGAGAUCGAACGAUCGUACGGGGCUUCCGCGUACCAUCAGUCAGUCCGCUCGUCCGCCCUCAUCCUCUGCACGGCGGACGGUAUCGUGUACCACCUGGGGCUUCCGCAGGCGGCCAUUGAAACGUCCGAUCUGGCACCAUUCGACGAGCUGCUGACCAUCAAACCGAGCGCAGGUCGGCGUCACAACGAAGUGAUCUGCAGCUGUACCGUAUCUUCGGAUGCGGAGUUCCUUGCCGUCGGUUGCCACGAUGGGCGCAUUGUGGUACACCUGUUGGAGUUGAACCGGCAGCUGACGGUCCUGGAGUCGCACACCUUCCCGGUGACCGCGCUGUACUUUAGCAACUGGGCCGAACCCGGCGCCCCGCAUAUACUGGCCAGCGUCGGGGAGCAGAUCGUGUUCUGGAGCGUCGACUACGUGUACAACAAUCAGCCCCGCAAGAGCACCUCGGCGGCGCGGCUUUCGGGGCGCUUUUCGGCCCGCAAAGUCCUCCCAAACAGCAGCGGUGGCGGUGGUGAUUGCAUGUCGCCGGGUGCCAUCGACAUUGGCCGUCGCUCGACCGGUAGCAACCAUUCCGGAUAUUCGACGCCGCUCUACGGCAGCCCGGGACAGCGCAGCUUCGUCUUCGGCGAUCGGUUCGAGGAGUCGGCCCCCUGGUGUGACAAGCGUGGAUCAUCCGACAAACCGCACCUGCUGUCGUGCAUCAAGCUGGUGGGGCGCUCGAGGCGCCUGAUAGUGAACCGGGACUUUAGCAAAUUUCUUACGAUGGACGACGAAGGUUACGUCCACUAUUUGCGCUUCUAUCGACCACAUUCCUCUCUGACCCGGCAACUGAUGCCACCGCCGAUGGCAACGCCUCCGCCACCGUUGGUCACCGUGGCCACGAGCCCACCGGCUUUUGGCUACAAUCGGUGGAGUGGAACAAGUAGUAGCACCGCUGGGUGUGUCACUACCACGAACGGUGCCCAUGCAUGAUGGUUAGUCGCAAGCGAACGUACGUUGCGGGUCACCGUCUUCUACCUUUUACUAUACGUCUUCUACAACAACCUGCUGUAGGGACGCGACUGUACGCGGUCGCAGGAUGGAAGAGUGGCCCCUAUUAUACCAACUAUAGCAGCGAUCGACUAAGAAAGCGAUGAUCCCUCGGUGGUCCCCCUACGAACCGGCGGAUUCGUUCGCUUGCGAGAGUUUUCACGAGAGUUAGACACAGCCUACGAAUGGGUGAUUUCUCUUUAGUUGGGGUUCUUCGGUAGUCGAUAAGAUUGUUCGCGACGGUUCAAGCGCGAUUGUAGAUAAAAUCGGUAACACAAGAAACGAUGUGUGAUAAGGAGUGGUAACUCAAUUUUAUACACUUUAUAGAAGUUUAACCGCAAAGUGCUCUCUUACCUAUACGCGGGCACAGCAACUAUAUUUUAGGCCAUCCUUACUCGAAUCGGGGUCUCUUUGCUCCCCGGAGCCGAGUCGGGUGAGCAAAAAAACGCCAUUAGACAGUAGUAGCGAAUCAUUGGCAAUCAAUCGUGACACACGCCGGACCAGUGGACCCGGCAAUCAAGGUGCUGCCUUCGGGUGCUGGACAGAUAGGUGUUCUUUUCUCUUCAUUGCGCUACGCUGCGGCACGUUUCUAAGAGGUUUCUUAAUGCAUUUUAUCGUACAAACGCGAGCGGAACGGACAGAAGAUUGCACAGAGAUUUAUUGUAGUCUAAUUUUGCUCAAGUAGUAUCGCUUGUAGUGACCGGAAUAGAGCUGUGCUUCUUACGUACGUUUAGAUGUCUUUUUAAUGAUUCAUAUUUGAAGGUGCUCCCCGCUAAGGCUGCCGACCGUUUCUGGCGGCCGACAUUCCCUCAUUGUAAAUAUUAUGCUCCGUUUUCGUGACAUGGUAGCGAACAAAAGGGGCCCCUUCCGCGGCCCUUCCCAUUUC